GCAGCUCUGCACUGCAGACCUCUUGCCUUUGCCUUGUUAUUCUGCGUGUUGGUUCCAUAAUUGGUGACCCACACAGAAUUGCUUUGUUUUUUCUCUUGUUACCUUUACACCUGUUAUUCACCAUUGCUGCUGGCAGUCACUUCAUGGGACCAACCUGUGUAGUCUGAAAUGGCAGCAGUAACUCCCUGGGUCUGGUGCACUCCCAGAGCACCUGUAUUUGUGGGAGAGUGCAACAUCACCCAGGCUGCUGGAUCCCUCUGGCUGGGGUGUCUCUACAGCAGCGGGUGGGCAGCAGGGCCUGUGGAUAACCCUCCUGCACUGCUCCUGAGGGUGGCAGGGCGGGAGGGGGGAUAAAGCUCAGGAGGAUGGGGCUCAUCCUGGGAGGUGCCAUCUCUGCCACCCCUCUGAAGACAGGCGGACUGGCAGCCCUCUGGAUGGAACCCUCAUCCUCAAGGAUGCUGCUGGAGCCCAGUGACCCUCAGGCUCUGCCUCCUGGCCUUUGCACACAGGAAAAUGUAAAGCUCCCUCCGGCUGGGACCCCAAACUGCGAUUUAACCCGAAGAAGAACGUGUAUGCUUUGAAUGAAGUCGUGCAGCUCAGCUGUGCUGGGGAGUUUGUGCCAUCCACCCCAGAGAUCCAAUGCAUUUCCAGAGGAGCCCUGAUGCUGUGGAAUGAGACUGCCACUUGCAAGGAAACAUGCCAAAAGCCUGCUUGGUGGGACCCCAGACUCCAGCUGGCACCAGCCCGUGACAAUUACACAGAGAAUGAAGAAGUGACUCUGAGCUGCCACAAUGGUUUCCAGCCAUCCUUCACCCAUGUCAAAUGUGCAAACAGAGUUCAGCAAUUGAAUAAUUCCGUAUCUCUAAAGAGAGACACGUGGCUGGGGAGAAAGGACAGUGGUGUGUGGAUUCAAGUUCAGGGGAACAUAGUGUGCAUUGAAACAUGCCAAAAACCUCACUGGGACUUCAGGCUCCAGCUGACACCAGACCAGGCGAGUUACAAGAAGAAUGAAGAAGUGAUGCUGAGCUGUCCCAUGGGUUUUCAGCCACCCUUCAACCAUGUCAAAUGUACAGGAAAAUCUCUGUCUGUUAUCAAUGGAAAACCUGUAUACAGAGAAGCUUGGAAUGGAAGGGACAGUAGAGGCAGUUGGAUCAACAUUCAGCCCAAGUUCAGGGUACAGUGCCUUGAGAAAUGCCAGAAGCCCCAGUGGGACCCCAGGUUUAUCUUUGACCAAGAACAGGGGACCUUCAACCCUAAUGAAGUGGUGAAGAUGAAGUGCCCUGAGGGGUAUUGGCCUCCACCCAUGGAGAUCAAAUGUGUGACACUGAAGCCAAGGGAAGGUUCCCUGAUUCCUCAUAGUGGCUGGAUAGUGAGGAAUGGCACAGACAUCUGGCACCCUAUGGAGGAGAAUUUGACCUGUGUGGAUGUCCUCCAGGUUGUCCCUGAGUCCCUGAAGUUUUCCAGCACCAGCAUUAAACUGAACUGGACCUGCAUGCUCCCUGACAUGUGCCAGCGUAUUCGGGCCAGGUGCCGGCUGGAGCAGCAUUCCUCCUCAAACUGUAAGGCUGAGGAGGUGAAGGGAGAGGAGAUACUACAAGGCAAGGAGGGAACUUUCACCUGCUCCCCUCUGCAGCCCUUCACUAUCUACAGUGUCACCAUCUCCCUGCUGCCUAGCACAAUCCUGUACACACGGCUCCUCAGGACAAAGGAAGUGGUGCCAGACAAACCAGAGAACCUGCAGCUGAAUCCCAGCACGGGGUCCAUCAGCUGGAAGGCGCUGCCCUCCUGCAAAGGGGAAAUCACUGGAUACCAGCUGAACAUCACCACCAUGAGAGCAGAGGACGACAGCUUCCUCGAUUUCAGACAGGUGUUGGUGAACCAGUCUGUCUCUGAGUAUGUGCCACCUCAUCAAACAGCUGGCAGGAAGUACCUGGUGACAGUGCAGGGCCUGACAGCAGCUGGGGCUGGGCCUGCAUCACAGCUGGAAUUCUUCAUCCGGGCUGAAGAGCAGCCUCGGGGCCCUUGGCCUGGGUCAGCAGUCAUUGCAGUGGUGGUGGUGCUGCUGUUGAUCCCUUUGAUUGCUGGGAUCCUCUGGUUCGUGCUCUCCAGAAAAAGGAGGGCCUUGCCCAGCCAAGCCGAGGAGGAUCACUACACAGAUCUCCAGCCGUAUGAAAAUGUACAUGGGGAUAAUUACUGCGUGAUCGAGACUUUUCUUAAGAAAGAUGCAGGUAAAUGUGGCCAGGAUGAAGAGCCAUUUCCCAAGCCCCUGCCUAUUCGGGAAUCCUCAAAAGAGUCAGAGCAGUGAGGAAGAAGAGCAGCUGGAGUGAACCUCUGAGGCUCAGUGGUGAUGGUACUUCCCUUCUCGAGGCUUGGUCCUCCACCACCGGAAGCAAAACAAUGAAUCAUCUCAUGGGUUAUUGCUUUCCCCCAAGUUUUCUUCUUUAUCAAGCUCCAGAAUACUCUGUCACAGCACAGGAGCAGCUCAAGGCAUAGGAUGACCUGCUUGUGCCAGCAAGGAUAUAUCCUGGUAGUUCUCUAGUGCUCUGGCAUAGCCAUCUCAUCAGCAUAUUGGUGCCUGCAAAUGUCCCCUGAGAAUGCAGGAGCUCACAACUCCUCUUUCCACCUUGUCCUUGUAUAUCCCUCUAAACCCUGUCCUCUGCUUGACUUUGGCCUAGCUGUGCUGCCCUGGCCACUGUAAUGCUGU